AUGGCACAUCCACCGUCAGAGGAGCAACUGCCAGAUUAUGCCCUCUUGGACGAUGAUCGUAUAGCCAAGCGCGACAAAUUCACCCGUGACGGUAUAUGGGAUCUUUACAGCGUCGAGAUUACUUGGCGAGAUCGCGCGCGAUAUUUGCUCGAACAUGGAUACGUGCUCAGACCACGCUACCAGCCAGGCUGGACGCCUUCGUGGUUGGGAACGAAUCGAAAUCCAUUCUUUUGUGAAGAUGCGGCCAUGAUAUUCCCUACACGCACGAUGGACGCUCGCAAGAGGGACACCGGAGAGCUCGUGGCAAUCAAGAAAGUCAAGAAUGAUAACCAAGAGAUACAAAUACUCAAGUACAUCGAAUCGAGGCGGGACACCACUUGUCAUUGCGUGACAAUUAUCGAGACGCUGCCCGAUCCACUCGAUCCUCUUUUCACGUUGAUGUUCCUUCCCUUAUUACGGAGGUACAGCGAUCCUAAUUUCUGCGCUGUUGGCGAAGUCAUUUCGUUCAUUGACCAGAGCAUCGAGGUCGGUACUCUUAAUCAUCUACCAGACAUUGCAGAAGCAAAUGUUAUGAUGGAUGCUCGUAAUCUCAUUCCUACUGAGUGGCAUCCGGUAAACCAGUCGCAAACCCCGGAUGGCGUAUACAAGAUCAAACCUCGCUCGCGAACAUACUUCCCUGUUCAGUACUUCUACAUCGACUUUGGCCACUCGGUCAGGUUCAAAAAAGGCUGCCGCCCGUUGGUGAUAGGCGACAUUGGCAGGGACGAUACGGUUCUGGAGCUCUCUCACGACAUUCCCUACGAGGCGUUCCCCGUCGAUAUUCACGCGCUCGGCAGCCUUUAUCUCCAAGAUCUUCAGGAGAAAUACUAUUCUCUGGACUUCCUCGCGCCUUUGACAGAGUCUAUGCGGCACCCCGACCCGGCACGUCGCCCAACCAUCCACCAAGUUCACGAACAAUGGCAGCAGAUCCGCUCCGAAGCAGUGGAGCUGUCGCACAUACGAAUAUCGGCGAAGGCGGCGACGUUCUUCGGGAGAGUGAUCCAGCAAGCGGCCUCGAUCGUCGGGUCCCUCGUCGGAUGA